AUGGACUCGUUCAUGCUGCAGGAUGCAGCCGCCUUGGAUCGCGUUCGUGCGGCUCAAGAGUUCCUCGACCCUCAAAACGAUUCGCAAGGACGCAGUUACAGGUCGGCGAUUAUCCAGAUGAUGCAGAAAAAGAAACGGAGGCUUGUAGUCAAUCUUGACCAACUCCGCGCCCACAACCCCGAACUCGCCGGAGGAGUCCUCGAGCAGCCAUUUGAUUACACUCUGGCAUUCAACCAUGCCCUGAAGCAGAUCGUUAAGACGUUGCCAGACUCAGGCGAUGCAGAGAAGCUCAACGACGAAUCAUACUAUUGUGCAUGGGCAGGCAGCUUUGGUAUGAAUGCCUGCAACCCUCGCACCCUUUCCUCCCAGCAUCUCAACAGCAUGGUCUCGCUUGAAGGCAUCGUGACCAGGUGCUCGCUUAUUCGACCAAAGAUUGUGAAGAGUGUGCAUUACAACGAAAACAAGGACGUUUUCCACUUCCGCGAAUACCAAGAUCAGACCAUGACAAAUGGAGUUACAACAUCCAGUGCCUACCCCCAAGAGGAUGACGAGGGAAAUUCCCUGACUACCGAGUACGGCUUCAGCACUUACAGAGAUCACCAGACCGUAUCUAUUCAAGAAAUGCCAGAGCGUGCUCCUGCUGGUCAACUGCCCAGAGGAGUUGAUGUUAUACUUGACGACGACUUGGUUGAUCUAGUCAAGCCUGGCGACCGCGUCCAACUCGUGGGAGUUUACAGGACGCUAGGAAACAGAAAUACGAACCAUAACAGCGCCCUGUUCAAGACCGUCAUCAUCGCCAACCACAUAGUCCUCUUGUCCUCGAAAUCUGGAGCUGGGGUCGCCACACACACGAUCACAGAUACCGACAUCCGCAAUAUCAACAAGAUCGCCAAGAAGAAGAACCUUCUUCAACUCCUCUCCCAGUCCCUGGCGCCUAGUAUCUAUGGACAUGACCACAUCAAAAAGGCUAUCCUGCUGAUGCUCCUCGGCGGUGUUGAAAAGAACCUCGAGAACGGCACCCACUUGAGGGGUGACAUCAAUAUUCUCAUGGUGGGAGAUCCUUCAACCGCCAAGUCGCAACUGCUUCGAUUUGUCUUGAAUACAGCGCCUCUUGCCAUCGCCACUACUGGGCGUGGUUCUUCCGGCGUCGGUCUCACUGCUGCCGUUACGUCAGACAAGGAAACAGGAGAGAGGAGACUUGAGGCGGGAGCCAUGGUUAUGGCUGACAGAGGGGUAGUGUGCAUCGAUGAGUUUGACAAGAUGUCUGACGUUGACCGUGUCGCUAUCCACGAGGUCAUGGAGCAGCAGACUGUCACAAUUGCCAAGGCUGGUAUUCACACAUCCCUGAAUGCCAGAUGUAGCGUUGUCGCAGCUGCCAACCCUAUUUUCGGCCAAUACGAUACUCACAAGGAUCCUCAUAAGAACAUCGCGCUACCUGACUCCCUUUUGUCGCGUUUCGAUCUCUUAUUCGUUGUCACUGACGACAUUGAGGAUACGCGAGAUAGGCAGGUUUCGGAGCAUGUUUUGCGAAUGCACCGCUACCGACAGCCCGGUACCGAAGAAGGUGCGCCGGUGCGUGAGAACGGAAAUCAGUCCCUCGGAGUCGCCCUGAGCAACGACUCUGAUGUGCAACGCCUAACGGACGUGUUCGAAAAGUACGAUGCCAUGCUCCAUGCUGGCGUCACUCACACCUCGGGACGCGGCUCCAACAAGAAGCCUGAGGUGCUUAGUAUUCCUUUCAUGAAGAAGUACAUACAGUACGCCAAGAGGGUGCAGCCCAAACUGACCCAAGAAGCAUCGGAUCGCAUCGCAGACAUCUACGUCGGGUUGCGAAAUGACGAAAUGGAAGGCAACCAACGACGGACUAGCCCAUUGACUGUCCGUACCCUGGAGACAUUAAUUCGUCUGGCCACUGCCCAUGCUAAGUCCCGUCUUUCGCAAAUCGUUACCGAACGUGAUGCCCUCGCCGCGGAAGCCAUCCUCCGCUUCGCAAUGUUCAAGGAAGUCGUCGAAGACGAGUCAAGAAAGAAGCGACGGAAGACUCAGACAACUGAAUUCGCUUCCUCUAGCGAGGAGAGCUCCGAUGAUGACGACAACGAGGAUGGUAAAUACAGAAGCACAACAACUCGUACACCGGCGGCACGCUCAGCGCGGUCGACCAGGGGAGUUGCUCGUCUUCGGGUGAAUGGUAGCACGCAAACACCGGGCACCAAUGCUAAUGGCACAAUCAGUGAUCAACAUGAUAGCGACGAGGAGCCGCCAGCUCGGGAAGCGUUGGAAGACAUUUACGAUGCUACCCCAAGAAGGUCGCGUCGUUCUGGUCGGGCUGCUGCCUCGAGCGCGACCUCACACACACAAACAUCGUUUGCAUCAUCUGUACCGGUGUCACAGCUGCCGUCACAGUCCGAAGAGGAGGAAGAAGAUGAAGAUGAGCUUGCUUCAGGGACGGCCGGUCUUGCCAUCGCUGACGAGCCCAUCAGUGCUUCGCGGCUGGCAACCUUCAGAACAACUCUCGGCCAGCUCCUCAACUCAGCAUUGUUCGAAGAUGACUCUGCCAAUGUAGACGCAGUUGUAAACGCCGUCAACAGCAAGUUGCGGCCUGGUAGUGGCGGUGCCUUCAGCAAGCAAGAGGGUGUGAAGGCCCUCAAGAAAAUGGACGAAGCCAACCAGAUCAUGUAUACCGAUGGCGAACUCGUGUACAAGAUUUAA